GGCAUUGAGCCAUGAUAGGAAACUAUGUGAACUAUUCUAACACUCAUAUUUACCCAGCCGGGGUCUUUGACCGGCUCACUAUCUUCCCUUCCCCCGAAAGUCACGCCUCCAGUCCUCCAGUUCUGUGCUCCGCCUUUCUCCCUAGAAAACGUCCUCCUCCUCCAGCCAUAGAGGAAACUUCCGAACGGACUUCGUAGCUUCCAACUGCGGGAUUUGUACGUUAAAAGCCGCUGAUGCUGUGAGGCAGAGCACCAUGCGGACCUCCAGAAGUUAGCGGGGAGAUGAGCGCAAUUUCAUUGACAGCGGUAAACCACUAGAGCUUCUGCGUUCUCCUGCUUGUUCAAGUGUGCCUGUUCGUUCAGUCAUGGCUCGCGGCUGCAUCUGCUGUGUGAAGUACAUGCUCUUCCUCUUUAACCUGCUCUUCUGGCUGGGAGGCUGUGGAUUGCUGGGUGUCGGCGUAUGGCUCUCGGUUUCUCAGGGCAGCUUUGCCACUCUCUCUCCCUCCUUCCCCUCGCUCUCCGCUGCCAACCUCAUCAUCACCCUCGGCACCGUAGUCAUGGUGACGGGUUUCCUGGGCUGCCUGGGUGCCAUCAAGGAGAACAAGUGUCUCCUGCUGAGUUUCUUCAUCGUUCUCCUGAUCAUCCUAUUGGCUGAACUUAUCCUCCUCAUCCUGUUCUUCGUCUACACCGACAAGGUGAGUGAAAAUGCCCGUCAGGACCUGAAAGAAGGCCUGGUGCUGUACAACACGGACAACAACGCCGGCCUGAGGGAUGCUUGGAACACGAUACAGGGAGAGUGGAAGUGCUGUGGCGUGACGAACCACCGUGACUGGCACUCGGCGUUCCAUGAUGACGUGGUUCCUGACCGCUGCUGCCAGCAGGUUUACCCGGACUGUGGACGCAACGCCUCCAAUGUGUUCUGGACACGGGGCUGUUAUGAGAAGGUUGAGGAGUGGCUGGACGACAACAAGCACCUUCUGGGGACUAUUGCGAUGUGUGUGUUGGUCAUACAGCUGCUCGGCAUGGCUUUCUCCAUGACACUUUACCAGCAGAUCCACCGGGCAGGGAAGAAGUACGAAGCCUGAGGGGAUUAAUGGAGGUGUUUCACACAGCUGAGCUAUAUCAUUGUUAUAGUUUUUAAAAAGCCAGUUCUUAUGUGUACCACUACAACCUUAUAUCUUUUUUCCAUCUUUGCACCCAGUUAUUGUUGUGAAUAGCAUUUAAUUUAGUUUUUUUUUUUGUUGUUGUUUUUUUAUAGUUAGCUUUUAUAAAAAUCACAAUAUAUUGUGUUUUUUUUAAUGUAAAGUGAUAACACGAGAAAAAUCAGAACAGAAAGAAAGACUUGGAAUGAUUUAUCAAGUCAUUGAAAGCCACGCGUGUGAGAAAAAUGCUUAGAUAAGGCGAGCGUUGUGUACUAACAUGUUCAAUAAAGAUAAAGAGCACUCUACAGAAA